UGGACAUCCCUGGCUUAGGGCAUUGUGGGAAGGCAAGCCACAAACACCCCCAAGCUGGACCAUUUCUCCUAAUUCUUCCCCUUAAUAAUCCAGGACUAACCAAUCCUUUUAUUGUUUAUUUUAUUAACAGAGGAUUGCAAUAUCCCAUUAGAAAAGGACAUGGCAACUUUGCAGAAGCAAAGGAAUCCUCUGAGUGUGGCCACAUUCCCCACCAAAAUUGCAACCGAACAGCAAUCCCUCAUGUUGGUGAAGCGGCUGCUGGCCAUCUCCGUCUCCUGCAUCACCUAUCUCAGGGGCAUUUUGCCCGAAUCUGCCUAUGGGACAAGAUAUUUAGAUGAUCUAUGCGUGAAGAUCCUAAAAGAAGAUAAAAAAUGCCCUGGGUCCAGCCAGCUCGUGAAAUGGAUGCUAGGAUGUUACGAUGCCCUGCAGAAAAAAUAUCUCAGAUUAAUCGUCUUAGCAGUCUACACCAACCAGGAGGAUCCCCAGACGGUUACAGAAUGUUACCAGUUUAAGUUCAAAUACACAGACAAAGGACCUUCAAUGGAUUUCAGAAGUCAGCAGAGUCAAUCGAGCAUCACAUGUGCUGAUACUAAGAAAGCAAGUAUCCUGCUCAUCCGGAAGAUUUAUAUCCUGAUGCAAAACCUGGGCCCGCUGCCUGAUAAUGUCUGCCUGACAAUGAAGCUGUUCUAUUAUGAUGAAGUUACGCCCCCUGACUACCAGCCCCCUGGAUUCAAAGAGGGCGACUGCGAAGGGAUGGCCUUCGAGGGGGAGCCGAUGUACCUCAAUGUUGGGGAGGUUCCCACCCCUUUUCAUAUGCUGAAAGUGAAAGUGACCACUGAGAAGGACCGCAUGGAGUGUGUGGACAAAGCCAUCCUAAGGGAGGACGCCUCCCUUGCUUCCGUGCAGGGCUGGCACCUUCAGGAAGACCAGCAUCAAAAAAUGGAUGAAGAUUUUGUGCCAGAAAAUAAAACAGGAGGGCAGAAGGAUGCAAGCAGGAAGCUGCACCCUGAAGAGCCAAACCUAAUUUGCACAGAGGAGGAGAAAAUCACAGAAGAACACCCGAGCUGCCCCAUCAAUAAUUCUAAGGUGGAUCAUUUAAUAAGCAAGACAUCAGAACUUGAAGUCACCGAGAGCAGAACCCGAAGCGGGAAAAAAUUUCAGCGAAACAUAGGUGCCGUGGAAAACACAAAGCAGAGGCCGUCCAAGGGUGCCGAAGCCCAGAAGAGAAGGAGCUCGGAACUGGAGAAGCCUGUUUAUCCUCUGGAUUUCUCCUCUAGCCAAGACGUCAGUCCCAAGCGGAAGAAAAUUAGCCAGCCCAAGGAAGAGUUCUAGGCCCCCCCUUGACUUCCC